AACAUGACCCUGGGCUCGAGAUUAAUACAAAACUUAAUGUCAGCGGUCUAAAUUCUUUUUGGCACGCGUAUGUUAUAUGGCGCGAAAUCGGCGGGAAAUCAAACAUGGCGAACUGAGCAGACUGUGUGACUCUUUAUACUGACUGGUUAUCAUCUACUCGCCUUCAUUUACCUCUCUUCAAGUGGUCAGCAUCUUCGCGAAAGACAUAAAUAUCAUACGAACGGUAUAUCGUAAACAGUUUGCCACCAGAAUUUAAUUUCGUGCACACUAGGCUCGCAAGAAAUCACAAAACUUGGAUUUGGAUAAAAUGGUCGUUCCUGAGCAAAAACGAAAUCUCCCCUGGGUUGAGAAGUACAGACCCAACAGUUUGGAAGAUCUAAUCUCCCACCGGGAUAUCAUCACAACAAUCAAAAGAUUUAUCGAGGAAGAUCGAUUGCCCCAUCUGUUAUUUUAUGGUCCACCUGGAACUGGGAAGACAUCAACCAUAUUAGCUGUUGCUAAACAGAUCUACUCUCCAAGAGAAUUCAACUCCAUGGUUCUUGAGUUGAAUGCUUCAGAUGAUAGAGGUAUUGGUAUUGUUCGAGGAGCCGUUUUAAACUUUGCAAGUACAAGAACAAUUUUUAAAUCUGGUUUUAAAAUUGUAAUUUUGGAUGAAGCAGAUGCUAUGACUCAGGAUGCACAGAAUGCCCUACGAAGAGUCAUGGAGAAAUUUACAGAGAACACCAGAUUCUGUUUGAUCUGUAAUUAUCUGACAAAGAUUAUUCCAGCUCUCCAGUCUCGUUGUACAAGGUUUAGAUUUGGACCUCUUGAUAAUGAACAGAUGAAGAGUAGAUUGGAACAUGUCAUCAAAACUGAAGGAGUACAAGUUUCUGAUGACGGAAUGAAAAGUUUGGUCAGGCUGGCAAAUGGUGACAUGAGAAAAGCUCUGAACAUUCUUCAGAGCACUUCCAUGGCUUUUAGCAUUGUUGAUGAGGUGAACGUAUACACCUGUACAGGGCAACCUCUGAGAUCAGACAUUGCAAACAUAGUAGAGUGGAUGCUUAAUGAAGACUUCAAUACUGCUUAUAGUAAUAUAACAAAACUAAAGACUCUGAAAGGACUUGCCCUACAAGACAUUCUCACAGAAGUACACCUGUAUGUACAUAGAGUUAACUUUCCUCAGAAAAUCAGAAUUCACUUGUUGGAAAAGAUGGCAGAUGUUGAGUACCGUCUAGCAGCUGGAACCUCGGAGAAGAUUCAGCUUAGUUCACUGAUAGCAGCCUUCCAAGUAGCUAGGGAUAUGGUUACACCUGACUCAUAGAAAUAGGGGGGUUUUUGUGCCUGAGGUUCUUUCAUGCCAUGAGAAAGACUUUUAAUGGACAAAAAAUAUUGUACAAAGACUUUGUUGUGGAAUUUUAUAGGUGUGAGGGAAGAGAAAUAUAUGGAAAAAGCAUUGGGCACUAUUCAGUCAAGACAAAUGAAGAUGAAUAAACAACUUCACAAGCUAAUUUAACACGAAUUGUAGUGUUUUUUGGUGGCCUUAUACCAUUUUUGUCAAUCUGAAGUUAUAUAUAACGUUACCUUCAACCAGUGUGUCCAUGCUACCACUUAGGAGGUUGGGUUGUGUGAUGGAACAGUUACUGCACUACUAAAAUGUUCUAAGGGCAUGUGAUCCUUCCUUUUUUCAUUAUUAUUAAACAAUAUGUCAUGCCCCUCAAGGAGAACAUAAGUGUAAGGGCCCCACUUUAUUCAAAACUCUUUCCAUACCUUGUGGGGCUAUCAAGAUGGAAUAAUGAUGUCCAGUACUGUUGAUGGGCAGAAAAUAAAGCACUAUGAAGUCUGUAGAGAAGGCCUUGCUUAAUGUAAAGUAUCGCAAAAUUAUUGAACACGUAUACUGUAGCAAUUAAAAUAUUACUUAAGUCA